AUGAAGGGUCAUUGUCCUGUGUCGCGACUGUGCGCGUGCGCCGGUGGGCGUGCGUUGGGCGUGCCGCCGCUCGCCCCUCCCCUCCCCUCCUUCCCUACCGCCCGCCGCCUGCCGCCCUACUACGGGAUCGCGAGCAUUGUUGUUAUGGUUGGAGGCUACCGCGCCUACUACACGCCUUACGAUCGAAUAUCUUGUGCGGCGGGGGCGGGCGUGUUCGAGCUGCAGAUCCUCGAGUUCUCAAACUACCGGCUGGAGCUGGCGUCGGGGGCGUGCUGCGGCGGCGCGGGCGCGGGGGCGGGGGCGGGGGCGGGCGCCGCGUGCGCACACCCCUGCCGCACGCGCUUCGAACUCUGUCUGAAGGAGUACCAGUCGUCGGCGGCGCCGGGCGCGUGCUCGUUCGGUCGCGCCUCGUCGCCGGUGCUCGGCACCGACUCGUUCACCCUCGCCGAACCACUCUACACGCUCGCUCUCAACUUCUCAUUCCGUUGGACGCGCUCCUUUACAUUGAUACUUCAGGCCUACGACGAUAGCGAUUAUCCUGACCCCGAGGAGGCGUGGUGGUCCGGCAUCGUGGAGCCGGGCGCGGAGUGGCACGCGCUGCGGCACGCGGGCGCGGCGGCGGCGGUCGCGUACCGCGUGCGCGUGCUGUGCCUGCCCAACUACCACAACGCCACCUGCACCACCUUCUGCCGCCCGCGCGACGACAAGUUCGGCCACUACGCCUGCUCCUCGCUCGGAGACAAACAGUGCCUGCCCGGCUGGCAGGGAGACAACUGCGAGAAACGUACGGAACGAUACUGUAUUCUAUCGUCUUUUAACGUAGUUUUAUCUACUUCACCUUUACAGGAUUACACGGGAUCUCGAACGCCUACCUACUGUAAACUUCAGCAUCAGUAUCCAAAUUAUUAAAUUUAAAGAUAAUGUCAGCUUAUAAUAUAGCUUAUGUUAAAACUUUUACAUAGUUUAUAUAUCAUUGAACUCUGUUUUACCAUUACAGCUGUUUGUAAGGAAGGCUGUCACCCGACUCAUGGCCGUUGUGACAACCCUGGAGAAUGCAUAUGUAGGCCUGGAUGGCGCGGCGAGCUCUGCUCCCAGUGCCAGCCGUACCCGGGCUGCAAGCACGGCUUCUGUAACGGCUCUCCCUGGGACUGCACCUGCGAUACAAACUGGGGCGGAAUUUUAUGCGACCAAGAUCUCAAUUAUUGUGGCACGCACGAGCCGUGUCAACACGGUGGCACCUGCGAGAACACGGCACCGGACCAGUACCUGUGCACCUGCGCCGAAGGCUUCUCCGGAGUGGACUGCGAACGCGUGGACAACCCGUGCGCCCCGCAGCCGUGCGGCCACGGCGCGUGCGCGCUGUCGGCGACGGCGCGCGGCUUCGUGUGCGCGUGCGAGCCGGGCUGGACCGGCGCGCUCUGCGACACCGACGUGGACGACUGCGCCAGCGCGCCGUGCCGCAACGCCGCCACCUGCCGCGAUCGAGUUCACGGCUUCACCUGCGAAUGUAACGCCGGCUGGACCGGACCCACUUGUUCCGACGAUGUGGACGAGUGUUCGGAGAGCGGCGCGACGGAGGGGGCGCUCGGGCCGUGCGUGAACGCGGCGGCGUGCAACAACACAGCGGGCGGGUACGCGUGCGCGUGCAUCGCGGGGUGGACGGGCCGCGACUGCGAGACCAACGUGGACGACUGCACGGGCCAGUGCCUCAACGGCGCCACCUGCAUCGACCUCGUUGACGACUUCCACUGCGCGUGCGCCGCCGGGUACGCGGGCCGCACGUGCGCGCGCGACAUCGACGACUGCGCCUCCCGGCCCUGCCGCAACGGCGGCGAGUGCGUCGACCUCCUCGACGCCUACCGGUGCAUCUGCCCCGUCGGCUUCUCCGGCACCGACUGCGAAGACGACCGCGACCACUGCGCAGAGUCCCCGUGCGGCAACGGCGCGGCGUGCUACACGGCGCAGAGCGACUACUACUGCCACUGCGCGCCCGGCUGGACCGGCAAGAACUGCACGCAACGCGCCGCCAGGGAACGUAUAGAAGAUUGUGGCGGGGGCACGGGAGACUGCGGUGCGGGGGGUUCGUGCGUGGACGUGGGCGGAGCCAAAAGAUGCGUAUGCGCUGCCGGCUGGACCGGCCUCAGAUGCGAACGAGAAAUCGACGAAUGCGCGACGAACCCGUGCCGCAACAACGCGACCUGCGUCGACGGCCCCGCAGAUUUCGCCUGCGCGUGUCUCGAAGGGUGGACAGGAAAGACAUGCAGCGUCCGAACGGAGCUGGAGAGAUGCCCCGAAGGCACGUGCGGCAACGGCGGGACGUGCUUUCGGGAUUCGAGCGGGUGGCGGUGUCGAUGCGCCGCCGGAUGGGCCGGGACGGCGUGCGAGGCGCCCGCGCCGGUGCCGGCGGCGGCGGCGGCGGCGUGUCCGUGCGCGCGCGGCGCCUGCGUGGCCGCCGCCGGGGGCUGGGCGUGCGCGUGCCACGCGGGCUGGACCGGCGCGCACUGCGACCGGCCGCUGGACGGCUGCGCGUCGUCCCCGUGCGCGCACGGCCGCUGCGUGGGCGGCGCCGGCUGGUGGGCGUGCGAGUGCGCGCCGGGCUGGGCGGGGGACGCGUGCGGGGAGCGCGUGGCGGAGUGCUCCCCCGCCUGCCCCGCGCCCUCCACCUGCGCGGGGGACGCGGAGCGCGGCGCGCGCUGCGUGUGCCCGCCGCCGCCCGCCCGAUCGUCGCGCCGAUGUCUCGAAUUGGUCGCGGGUCUCGGAGCGGAGGGCCCGGAGGUGGGCGCGGCGGGCGGCGGCGCGGACGCGUGCGGCGCCGACAACGGCACGUGGUGGUGGGGAUGCAACGCGUGCUGGUGCGCCGCGCGCGCGCCCGCCUGCACGCGUCUGUGGUGCGGCCUGCCCGACUGCCUCGCGCCCGGCGCCAUGCCCUGCCGGACCGACGAGGUGUGCGUGCCGGCAGCUCCGGCGCUGUGUCUGCGGGCGCCGUGCGCGCCGCUGGGCGAGUGCCGGCGCGUGUCGGGGCGCCGCGUGGAGCCGCCCGCGCUGCCCGCGCCCGCCGCGUGCUGGCCCGGCGCCCGCGCCGCCCCGCCCCGCGGCUGCGCGCGCGCCGGCCUGCAGCUCGCGCGGGAGCGCCUGGCGCGCGGCGCGCACGUGGAACGCGCCUGCGGAGCGCUGCGGCGCGCCCUCGCCGCCACUCUGGCGGCCCGCGACCCGCCCGCCCCUCCGCUCGUUCUCCUCUGCGACCUCGCCGCCGACGACGAUGACGCGCUCGAUUUAGCCCUGGCGGGCGCCCUCGGGGCCGCCGUGCGCGCGCUCAGCGAACUGGUGUCGCGGCGGCGGCUGGCGCACCACCCGCUGCUGGGCGCGGCGCUGCGGCUGCGCGUGGCCCCCGCCGGCGCCCCGCCUGCGCCGCCCGCGCCCGCCGCGCGCUCCUCCCCGCCGGCGGCGCUGCUCGCGCUGGCGGCGCUGCUGCCGCUGCUGCUGCUGGCGGGGGCGGCGGGCGCGACGUUUCUCGUGCGCGAGCGUCGCGCCGCGGCGGCGGCGGCCGAGCGUUCCCGACGCUGCGACGAAGAGAAGUCGAAUAACCUCCAGAACGAGGAGAACCUCCGGCGCUACGCGAACCCCCUGCGCGAGGAGCGCGCGCCGGACGAGCUGCCGCGCGCGCACACGCUGUACAAGGCGCAGAACGCGGACGCGCGCAACGACACGCCGCCGCGCGACAAGGAGCUGACGAAGCGCGCGCUGCCGCCCCCGGAGCCGCCGCCCCCCGCGCGCCACCCGCCCCCCGAGCGCCUCACCGUGCUCGUGUGA